AUAGAUUUCAUUUAUUACAUUUUUUUCCUUCAUGUGUUAAAUUACCCUUUUUUGGAAAACAUCCCUUAUAUUUUAGUGAACAGUGCCAGAGACUGCAUAGACAAUUGUUCUGGAAAAAGUGGCGAUUCCUGCUACACAGGAUGUAUUAAUGUUCAUUGGCCGGGUGCUACCUUUGAAGACUACCACAGCUGCUCAUAAUAGUAUCACUGCUGCUGUUACUGCUACGGGUGCUCAUACUGUUGUUGCGACUACUGCAGGAUUACCUCCUGUAGACGAGAUCUUGCCAUACUUGAUUUCUUUCUUUGGUGGUAUGAUUCCUACGGAACUCGGUGCUCUUGCAAGCCAGCUGAGUACCCUACCCUUGACUGGGCUGAGCGGGUUACCAAGUGCAGCUAUUUCUUCACUAUUAACAAAUGGUCUGUCCGCAUUACCUACAGGAACUUCCAUGGCACCUUCAGUACAGACCACGGGUGUUUCCACACCUCCGUUAACCAAUUUUCCUAUCAAUACUUUGGGCCCUUCCUUGAUGACGACGCAUACAACCGUCACUAGUCUAGUGACGAUGACUCCGAACGCAACCGAUGGUUCGGAUAAUAUCAGUUCACAUGGCUCAAAAAGUUUAGUGGAUCCUUGGAUACUUUCUGUUGCUUGUAUCCUUCUUUUAACUAGUCACCUCUUUAUUCUAGUCUAGUAUGAAUUACAUAAAAACGCUUUUACAGUAUUAAAAAAAAAAAAAAGUUAUAUAUUUAAGGGAUGGUUGGUUUAUAUACAUUAUAACAAAGAGGCAUUGUUCUUUUCUUAUU